AUGUCUAUCCAACCGCUCAUCACCUUCAAGGCCGGCCAGUGUGAGCUGACUCGCGGAGAAGGCAACCAGCAGACAGUCAAGCCAGUACCGACACCAGGCUAUGUCUACCUGUACCAAGGAGAAGAUGAAUUCGUGCACUUUUGCUGGCGACCACGCGACCGCUCGCUCGACCAGUCGGACCUCGACCUCAUCAUGAUCCCCGGUGACGGCUCCUUCCAACCCUACACCGGCAAGGACUCCAUCGAUGACCCCGAGAACAUCAAGUCGCCCACCGACGGCCGCAUCUUCGUCCUCAAGUUCAGCUCGAGCUCACAACGCUAUCUCUUCUGGUUGCAAUCAAAAUCGCAGCACCCGCGCGGCGCGAGCUGGUUCAGCGAGCGCGACCUCAAGAUCGGACAAGUCAUUGACUUGCUGCUGACGGGCGAGGAGAUUGAUGUACAGGCUGAACUUGCAGGUAUCUCGAGCUCAUCCAACAAUGACGAGGAUGAGACCAUGGAAGACGUAGAGCCAUCUAGCCGAAACCGCCACGGUAGCACCGGAGGCGCAGGUGCUGGUGCCACAGGCGGUGAUAUCCGAGAUGAAGGCGAAGAGUCCCGAGAAGGGGGUGCCGAUGGUGGUCGAGCAGCCGGAUCAGGUGAUGUCUCUGCCAUUGUGCAAGACUUCAUGAACUCGCUCAAAGGCGGCAACGCAGGCGGCAGCUCACAACAACAAAGAGGAUCAGAACCCUUCGCGAGUCUUACCGAGUUCCUCUGGCCUACGCAUACUCUCUCAACCGUUGAGAACGCUUCCGACGAGACCAUCGACGCACUGUGUGCCCAACUACCGACAAUCCCUUUCCUCCUAGAAGCCGAAGUUGAAGACAUCGAUCAAAUCGACCCCAACUCCGAGACCGCGCAGAUGGCCAUACAGACAUUGGGUCGGGACGAGAAAAUCGAGGUUUUGAGCAGGAUCCUACGGGCACCCCAGCUGAGGGGAGCUUUAGGCAGUUUGAACGAGGCCCUGAGGACUGGUGCUCUACCGACUGUCAGCCAGGCACUGAAAAUUGAUGUCGAAAACGGAGGCUAUAUGAGAGGUGGAGGCAUGCCACUUGGUGGCGGGGAUGCAGUCAAGGCUUUUCUGGAAGGUGUCAAGAAGACAGUAGAAAAGGAGAAGAAGGGCGGCGAUGACAUGGACACCAGCUAG